CUGGAGAACGACUCUUGACAUUCAGGCAGAAUGGUCAUCAAUUUUAUCAAUUUUAGACCAGCAACGAAAUAUUACAAAAUAUGCAGGGCCAGAAGGCUGGAAUGAUCCUGAUAUGCUUGAAAUAGGUAAUGACGAUCUUACUUUAAUGAACAAAAAAAAAUCCCCAAAAGAUUCAAUGACUGUGGUAUUAAAUACAGAAAUAAUAGCUAUAAAUCAAGAUCCCCUUAGACGAUCUGUAGAUAUUGUCGAAUACGAUGUUUCUUAUGAGAUUUGGACUGGACCACUGAUUGAUAGUUUUGUUGCACCAAGAAUUACUAAGAAGUGGAUUGAGUUAGUCAAAAAGUCCUUGGACUUCACCUGUAGUGAUAGUCCCCAAAAAGAACAUGGAUACUGGCAAAUUCAAGUAAAGGCUGAUGAUAGGGAAAAAACGGCUUUUAUUACUUCGUUGCCUGCGUUGUAA